AUGCGACAAGAUAAAUUAUACUUUUACCUUCAGAAACUGCGUACACUUGGUGAAUUCUUAGAAAAACCGAGCUCACAACCUAAUUCGGAUAAUUUUUGCUGCUUUCUAGAAUCAGAAUUCAAGAACUUCUAUUCAUUCAAUUGUUUAAAGCGUAAUUUAGGAUAUCAUAAAGCAUAUUUCGGUGCAGUACAAAGGAGUUGUGUGGAAUCAUGUUAUGCAGCUAUGGGUAAUACAUCGUUAACAGAUCCCACUUGUUGUGAAAUCAAUCUUUGCAAUACAGCUAAUAAUAUUUAUAAUAAAAAUGGACUAUUUUUAACGAGCUGCUUUAUCCUACUGACCUGUACAAUAUCAAAGUACCUAUUUUACAGUCAGUAA